AGGCUGGCAACAUCCCGGCGUGUCUCCGGCAGUCAUGCCCCGCGCCGCGCCGGCUACGGCCGCGCUGGCCGCCGCCACGCUCGCGGUACUCGCCGCGCUCGUCGCAUGCGUAGAAAAAGAAUGCAUCGACUGGGAAGGGAAGUCUGUCCCCCACGGUCUGCUGUACGUGCCUGGGCCGGGCGUGUGUUCGUUGUGUGUCUGCUACCACUCUGAGCCUAUGUGGUGCAAGGCUAUUUACUGUGAUCCGCCUUAUUUCUGCAAAAACUUCCGCGUCGGAGCGCGAUGCUGUGAGUUCGAGUGCCUCGACCCUCCCGGUGAGGACGUGCGGUACCGAGAGAGGGAGCGACUCCGAGCCCUCAUCCUCUCCGGCAACUCCUCAGCACCUCACCAUGGACCCUCCAUGGAACUCAAAGCCGGGAUCUCCCUCCUAGCAGUAGUCGUCGCACGAUUCGUAUGAAACACGGACCAUGUAGACACUAACCAAUUGAAAAUUAUUUGAAAUCGAGGGAAUCAUUUGCCUGGCAACACUACGGUAAAAAGGUUUUAAUUUAUGGAAUGGGGACGCAAACUGAGUGACAUAAUGGCAGCACUGGCUGGCAUCGUUUGAAUUUCGAUCGUUGGUACUGAAAGGCCAGCUAUGCCUAGUUUGUCUAUCCUUCCUAACUAAAUGCCAAAACUCACUAUCGAUUAUAAUUCGAUCUGCCUUUACCUUGUCCUUACGUCCUGCGAUAAAUGCGGGACAUCUAUUUCUCUAGAACUAUGAGUUUUCAUAUUCAGAGCACACGAGUUUACAUUAAUUACCAAUAUGAUUUCCGUUUACAACAAAAUGAAUAAAUUCGGACCAAUUUUAUGUAACCGAGUAGCAUCGUGUUGUUCGUUUUAUUUUCCUUAUAAUUUGAAAAUGUUGAAUGUGAAAUGUAAAAGUAGGAUCGUUGCGUAUACCUAGUAGACAAUUUAUUCAUUCGAAAACAUUUGUGUUUUGGUAGAUAAACGAAAAAACUUACAAAGAAACCUUAUGAAAACCUCAUUUGUAUUCAACUAACAAUAAUGGUGCCACUGUAGUCGAGAGUACAUAGAACACAAGCUAGGUCACGUCCCAUAAGAGAUGAAAUACUUGUUUCUCCCGGUCCAUAUGUAAAUUGUAAGUCCAUUAAUCAGUAGGAUAUAAUAGGGAUUCUUUAAAUGAAAAUCUAACAUUAUAUGACUCACGCAUACAGUACGCAUGCCUAUUUCUUCACUUCUAAAUACCUAUUUCACUUAGCUAGACACAUUUCGAAAUUGUAGCUUUAAAAUUCAUAUCAUCGGGGGUCCGAUUCUGUACGUUUUUGGCUACUGCAGUGGAGCGGGUUUACUCUAAUGCGGCAACUAGCUGAAAUGAAAUAGCGCCAAGCUCUAGAGAAACUAGUUUGAGUAAUUUUAAUAAGAAAAUGCUUUCAAGCAAACUUCAGGUAAAAAGCAAAGUGCCUUGAGAGACUCGAGGCAAAUUUUAUUAAAAAGCUUAGAGUUUAUCAAAAUUAAAUUAUAAGAACGUUUUAAAAUUUCAAAUUUCUUAUUAAGAUAUCUCGUAAAGUCAUCUUUGUAAAGUAACAUCAGCUCAUCACGAGUCUAUGUUUGGACAAUACUGGCUUGUUUAAAUUUUCCAUACUAAACGAGUGUUAAAACUAUUUUAUACAAUAAGA